AUGGGAUCAAAACCAUCAAAACCACAAUUCAUCACAGUUUUGGGUGAUAAACAAGUGGAAAUGGGAAAAGAAAUCAUUCUCUCCUGUGAGACAAACACAGAAGGAUUAACGGUGACAUGGGAGAAGGAUGGACACACACUGAAGUGUGUGCAGGACAAGCACGUCAUGAAACAAGAUGGUAACAACUGGUCCUUACAAAUCCUGAAUGCUGAUGAAGUAGAUGAGGGGAAUUAUACCAUAAAGCUGGAGAACCAAUCUGGUAGAGAUGCCUGUUCUGCCAAAGUCAUUGUUGAACUCAAGGAGUGGAGGACAGUGCAAUGGAAACAAAAUGAAAUGGUCGAUUAUCUAAGGACAUUUACAAUUGAUAUUGACGAAGUCAAAGAGCUUCGUUUCCUCCUAUAUGGACUAGUUGGAGCAGGAAAAUCGAGCACUAUAAACACCAUCAAGACCAUUUUUGGAGGAAGUCAGUUUGUCAACUGUCUGGCUGAGGCAAUGUCUACUACAAGUUUUACUAUGAAAUAUGAAAAAUAUGUGAUUGCCGAUGGGAAAGAAGAUCUGUUACCUUUGGCCUUCAAUGACACAGUGGGUGUAGAAAAAGAACAAGGAGUACACACUGAUGACAUCAUCAGUGCCUUGAGAGGACACAUAAAAGAGGGUUAUGUGUUCAACCCUAAAUCUCAAAUUUCUGAGGAAAACCCACAUUACCUCAAAAAUCCCAGCCUGAGUGAUAGGAUACACUGCCUCGUGAGUGUUGUUGCAGCAGACAGGAUUGCAGUGAUGGAUCAGGAAAUAAUCAACAAAAUGAGGCAAGUUAGACAAGCAGCAAACAGAAUGGGAAUUCCUCAGGUGGUUUUUAUGACAAGAGUUGAUCUUGCCUGCCCACUGACAAAGGAAAAUUUGCGCUACAUCUACAAAAGCAAAAAAGUCAGGGAUAAUAUGCAGAAAUGCAGUAGUUUGCUGGGUAUUCCAGUGAACUGUAUCUUUCCUGUGAAGAACUACCAUAUGGAGACUCAUGUGAGUGGCGACAUAAACUGCCUGAUGCUGGAUGCCCUAACACAGAUUGUAGACUGGGCUAAUGACUAUGUGGCCCAAAUAGCACAAAUAUAA